AUGCUCAAAGGGGUAAAAAUCCAAAAACUAUUUUUGUUACAAAAAAUUAGCCUUAACCAAUACUACCAGAAACUUGAGGAAUUAAACAAGUACCCAGACUUCAACAACUACCUGAUAUUUGUCCUGACCAAGCUGACCUCAGAAGAUGAUCCAACCCGCUCGCUCAGUGGUUUGAUUUUGAAGAAUAAUGUGAGAGCCCACUUUGAGAAGUUUCCUCCGGAGGUGACAAACUUCAUUAAACAGGAAUGCCUCAACAGUAUUGGGGAUCCUUCGCCGCUAAUCCGGGCCACCAUAGGUAUCCUUGUCACUACCAUUGUGGCGAAAGGAGAGUUGAGGAACUGGACUGAACUUCUACCGUCAUUGUGUAGCAGUCUCGACUCUGACGACUACAAUGUCUGUGAGGGAGCGUUUGGUGCCCUUCAGAAGAUUUGUGAGGACACAGCUGAGGACCUGGACAAUGACAGUACACGGCCUCUCAACAUCCUCAUUCCCAAGUUCCUCCAGUUCUUCAAACACAACAGUCCCAAAAUCAG